CAUUCAAUUCGAUCGAUCACGUACUAAACACCCCCUCAAACUUUAUAAUUAUAACGAAGCUAAACAAUUUAGGAACAGCCUCAAUUUUCAAUGGAGUUGCAAGAUUUGAUCCUGAUAGCAGCAACUUCUUUAGGCUUACUCUCUCUGUGUAAAGCCUUCAUCAAUUUUCUCGGAUGGGUGUGGGUUAUGUUCUUUCGGCCUCCAAAGAAUCUCAAGGAGUAUGGUUCAUGGGCUGUGAUAACUGGAUCCACUGACGGAAUUGGCAAAGCCCUUGCAUUUGAAUUGGGAUCAAAGGGUCUUAACUUAGUCUUAGUUGGUCGCAGCCCUUCAAAACUUGAAGCUACAUCGAAGGAGAUACACGAAAAGUAUGGCGGAAAAGUAGAAACAGAAAGUAUUGUUAUAGACUUCGCCAAAGCCAGCAGCGGAGAGGAGAUAUCUCAGAUGAUAGAGGGAGGAAUAAGAGGGUUAGAUGUUGGAGUUUUGAUCAAUAACGCAGGGAUGGCAUACCCUAAUGUAAUGUUUUUUCAUGAGGUUGAGUUAGAGCUGAUAGAGAGCCUUGUGAAGGUGAACAUAGAUGCAGCGACUUGGGUCACUAGGUCUGUACUUCCUGGUAUGCUGAAGAAGAAGAAAGGAGCAAUAAUCAACAUUGGCUCAGCUACCUCCACGUUCUCUUACCCUUUAGGCGCCGUUUAUGCUGCAACUAAAGCGUAUCUUGCAAUGUUCUCAAGAAGCGUCGGUUUGGAAUACAGGCAACACGGAAUAGAUAUUCAGUGCCAGAUUCCACUAUUUGUGGCAACAAAGAUGGUAAAAGGUUUGAAGGCAUCUUCUAUCUUGGUUCCAUCACCGGAAAUGUAUAGCAAAGCAAGCAUACGAUGGAUCGGUUAUGAGCAUAUCUGUAUACCAUACUGGAUCCAUUCUGUGCAGCGGUUUAUAAUGCGUGGAUUGCCAGAUGCAUUGCUGGAUUGGUGCCUUUUCCAGUACUUUCUCAACGUGGGUAAGAGAAGAGUGAAGACUUAUGAUGAAGGUGAAGCAGUGAAAACAUUUUGAUGUCUCAGUGUGUUCGUAGUAUUUCUUUUCUCUCUCCCUCUCUCUCUCUCUUCCCUGAUGAUGGGAGAGAAUCGUGCAUGAGAGCUUCUACACAUCCUCCCUUCAUCCUCCCCUUAUCACCUUUUUAUAAUAAAAAAAUUAAUUUUUAUUAAAAAGUUGUCUCUGAUGUGAUAUCAGAGACAAUUUUUUAAUAAAAAUUAAUUUUUUUAAGAAAAAUGAGAUGAC